GGUUGGUCGUAUUUUGAAUUGAGCCAUGAAGCGCGGGGUCGAGUCCGUCCUUGGGAAGAAGAAGGCGCGCAGCGACGCGCCGGCCUUGCAUGUCGAGGAGACCGAGGAAGACUUGGUCUUCGAAGACCCGUAUGGCGACGACCUCGAGGACGAAGAGAUGGUCUCGGAGGAUGCGGCCGACGACGACGACGUCGACAGCGAUGACAUGGACGUCGAGACGCCUGCGCAGACGAUCGCGGCCGACGACGAGGACGAGAAGGAGCCGACGACCAAGGUGUGGCUGCCCAACAAGGAGAAGCUCGGCGAAGACGAAGUCCUCGACUACGACUCGUCGGCGUACGAUCUCUACUACGCCAUGUCGGCCGAGUGGCCGUCGCUCUCGUUCGACAUUGUGCGCGACAACCUCGGCGCGUGCCGCACCAAGUUUCCCAUGAGCAUCUACGUGGUCGCGGGCACGCAGGCGGCCAAGGCGUCGGACAACAAGAUCACGAUCAUGAAGAUGACCGAGCUGCACAAGACCAAGCACGAGAACGACUCGGACGACUCGGACGCCGACUCGGACGACGACGACGACGCCGAAGAGGGCGACCCGGUGCUCGAGUCGCGCUCGAUCGACCACCACGGCGGCAUCAACCGCAUCCGCGCGAUGCCGCAGUCGUCCAACAUCGUCGCCACGUGGGCGGAUACGCGCAAGGUGCACCUCUACGACAUCUCCAAGCAGCUCCAGUCGCUCGACGGCAAGAACCCGGUCGGCAUGUCGUCGACGGCGGCGCCUGUCUUUACGUUCACGGGCCAUGCCGACGAAGGGUUCGCGAUGGACUGGUCGCCGCACACGGCCGGCUCGCUCCUUACCGGCGAUUGCUCCAAGUACAUUUACCACUGGGUCAACAACGGCGCGUCGUGGGUUGUCGACAAGAUCCCGUUCACGGGCCACAAGGCGAGCGUGGAGGACCUCCAGUGGAGCCCGCUCGAAGGCUCGGUGUUUGCGUCGUGCUCGGCGGACAAGACGGUCCGCAUCUGGGACAUUCGCACCAAGACGCGGUCGAUGAUCGAGGUCAACGCCCACGACCAAGACGUCAACGUGAUCUCGUGGAACCGUAACGUGUCGCACUUGAUCGCGUCGGGCUCGGACGACGGUUCGUUCAAGAUUUGGGACUGCCGCAAGUUUGGGUCGCCGGCCAAGGACGAACCGAUCGCGCACUUCCGCUACCACACGGCUCCCGUCACGUCGAUCGAGUGGCACCCGAGCGACGAGUCGAUGCUUGCGGUCUCGGGCGCCGACAACCAGAUCUCGAUCUGGGACAUGUCGGUCGAAGAGGACACGGAGCAGCACCCGAGCAGCGAAAAGCUCGACGUGCCGCCGCAGCUGCUCUUCAUCCACCAAGGCCAGACCGACAUCAAGGAGCUGCACUUCCACCCGCAGUGCCCCGGUCUCCUUGUCAGUACGGCCGCCGAUGGCUUCAACGUGUUCAAGCCCGCCAAUAUUUCCUAAAUUAGAUGCUAUUACCUUCUCUUCCUCUCCA